AUGACGGGAUGUCAUGCACGAAUUUCAUCUACAAAAGUACAACUUGUAAUGCCAGAGCUACUAUUUGGACUAAUUCCGGGUCUUGGAGGGACACAACGUCUUCCCAGGCUUAUUGGUCUAAUAAAGGCAAUAGAAUUGAUAUUUUUAUCAAAACCAAUAGCAUCUGAGGAAGGAGUGGAGCUUGGCCUUAUUGAUGCUGUAGUGCCCUCUGAAGAGUUGCUAAAGGUAUCGCAAAUGUGGGCUUUAGACAUUGCAGAAGGCCGCAAACCUUUGGUACGCUGCCUCCACAUGACUGACAAGCUUGGUUCUCUCACUGAAGUUCGCGAAAUAUUGAUGGUUGCGAGACAAAAGGCUACACAACAUAUUGCUAGGAAUAUGCCUCAGUACCAAGCCUGUCUAGAUGUUAUUGAGGAGGGUAUUAUACAUGGAGGUUACGCUGGGAUCUUAAAGGAAGAAAAAGUUUUCAAAGAACUACUUUUAUCUGAAACUUCCAAAGGCUUACUGCAUAUUUUUUUGGCUCAAAAUCUGACAUCAAAGAUAUCAGGGGUUCGCGAUGCAGGACUGAAACCACGACGUAUGAAGAAAGUUGCUGUUAUUGGAGGAGGCUUAAUGGGUUCAAGCAUUGCAACUGCCCUACUGUUGAGCAAUAUACAUGUUGUUCUGAAUGAAUCUAAUGCUGAAUUCCUUGCCAAGGGAAUACAAUCCAUCCAAGGUAACAUCAGAGAUUUAGUGACAAAAGGGAAGUUAAUAAACGAAAAGGCAAAGAAAGCACUUUCAUUGCUCAAAGGCGAAUUGGACUACACAGAAUUUAGAGAUGUUGAUAUGGUCAUUGAGGUUAGUUGUCUCAAACUCUUUACAUUCACAAGGCUGAUAGUACUAUAAUUAAAUGCUCCGGAAAUGUUAACAUAUCUUGCAACUUCUUAUGAAGCUUAAUUCAUGUAAUAUUGUAAUCUCAUGAAUCUAGCAUCCAUUGCUAAGAGGGUUCAAAACUGUGUGAUCUUUCAGGCUGUUGUCGGUGAUGUUUC